UGAAAUAGGAGCCAGGCGGUCCUCGCUAGCCUGCGCCCGACUUUUCAUAGGCUGGAAAAGGAAAGGUUGAGAAACUUGACAUUGUCUUGGGUAGAGUGUGCAUAGAAGCAGAUCAAAGAAUAAAAAGGGAGGGGGACGGAAAACGUGCUCUUUACUGCCUGUGGAUUCCACCGAGUUGCUUUUGUCUUGUGGGCUUUUCUGCCGGCUUUGGUGUCUGCGCUUGGAAGCCUGCUGGUGCGCUUCCACGCAGCUCGCUCCGUGCCGGAUGGGUCAUGGAAUUCUAAACAUGAGGCAGAUAGCUGAUCAGCUUCCUUGGAUUUUGCUGAUGACCUCGGAGAGUUUCGCCUGAAGAUGGAAACACUGGAGUCGGAGCUGACCUGUCCUAUUUGUCUGGAGCUCUUUGAGGACCCUCUCCUGCUUCCCUGCGCACAUAGCCUCUGUUUCAACUGCGCCCACCGCAUCCUGGUCUCUCACUGUGCCACAAACGAGUCUGUGGAGUCCAUCAGCGCCUUCCAGUGCCCCACCUGCCGGCAUGUCAUCACGCUCAGCCAGCGAGGUCUAGACGGGCUCAAGCGUAACGUCACUCUACAGAACAUCAUUGACAGGUUUCAGAAAGCAUCUGUGAGCGGGCCCAAUUCCCCUAGUGAGACCCGCAGGGAGCGGGCCUUUGACGCCAACACCAUGUCCUCUGCUGAGAAGGUUCUCUGCCAGUUCUGUGACCAGGAUCCUGCCCAGGAUGCUGUGAAGACCUGUGUCACUUGUGAAGUGUCCUACUGCGAUGAGUGCCUGAAAGCCACUCACCCGAACAAGAAGCCCUUUACAGGCCAUCGUCUGAUUGAGCCAAUCCCGGACUCGCACAUCCGGGGGCUGAUGUGCCUGGAGCACGAGGAUGAGAAGGUGAAUAUGUACUGUGUGACCGAUGACCAGUUAAUCUGUGCCUUGUGUAAACUGGUUGGGCGGCACCGCGAUCAUCAGGUGGCAGCCUUGAGUGAGCGCUAUGACAAAUUGAAGCAAAACUUGGAGAGCAAUCUCACCAAUCUCAUUAAGAGGAACACAGAACUGGAGACCCUUUUGGCUAAACUCAUCCAAACCUGUCAGCAUGUUGAAGUCAAUGCAUCACGUCAAGAAGCCAAAUUGACAGAAGAAUGUGAUCUUCUCAUUGAAAUCAUUCAGCAAAGACGACAAAUUAUUGGAACGAAGAUUAAAGAAGGAAAGGUGAUGAGGCUCCGCAAACUAGCUCAGCAGAUUGCGAACUGUAAACAGUGCAUUGAAAGGUCGUCAUCACUCAUCUCCCAAGCGGAACACUCUCUGAAGGAGAAUGACCAUGCCCGUUUUCUACAGACAGCAAAGAAUAUCACUGAGAGAGUCUCCAUGGCAACUGCAUCCUCCCAGGUCCUAAUUCCUGAAAUCAACCUCAAUGACACAUUUGACACUUUUGCCUUAGAUUUUUCUCGGGAGAAGAAACUGCUAGAAUGUCUGGAUUACCUUACAGCUCCCAACCCUCCCACAAUUAGAGAAGAGCUCUGCACGGCUUCCUAUGACACCAUCACUGUCCACUGGACUUCAGAUGAUGAGUUCAGUGUGGUCUCCUAUGAACUCCAGUACACCAUAUUCACUGGACAAGCCAAUGUUGUUAGUCUGUGUAACUCAGCUGAUAGCUGGAUGAUUGUGCCCAAUAUCAAGCAGAAUCACUACACUGUGCAUGGCCUACAAAGUGGCACCAAGUACAUGUUCAUGGUCAAGGCCAUCAACCAGGCAGGCAGCCGCAGCAGUGAGCCUGGGAAGUUGAAGACAAACAGUCAGCCAUUUAAACUGGAUCCCAAAUCUGCUCAUCGAAAACUGAAGGUGUCCCAUGAUAACCUAACUGUAGAACGAGAUGAGUCAUCAUCCAAAAAGAGUCACACACCUGAACGCUUCACUAGCCAAGGGAGUUAUGGAGUGGCUGGAAACGUGUUCAUUGAUAGUGGCCGCCAUUACUGGGAAGUGGUCAUAAGUGGAAGCACAUGGUACGCCAUUGGCCUUGCAUACAAAUCAGCCCCUAAACAUGAAUGGAUUGGGAAGAAUUCUGCAUCCUGGGCCCUCUGCCGCUGCAACAAUAACUGGGUGGUUAGGCAUAACAGCAAGGAAAUUCCCAUUGAGCCAGCCCCCCACCUCCGGCGUGUAGGCAUCCUGCUGGACUAUGAUAAUGGUUCCAUUGCUUUUUAUGAUGCUUUGAACUCCAUCCACCUCUACACCUUUGACGUGGCACUUUCACAGCCUGUGUGCCCCACAUUUACUGUGUGGAACAAGUGUUUGACGAUUAUAACUGGUCUUCCCAUCCCAGACCAUUUGGACUGCACAGAACAGCUGCCUUGAGCAUCCAGCCCCAGAGCAGCUCUGAGGAAUAACAAAGGUUGAGGCCACUAUUUAGGGGAUUGAAAAACUAAGGCUUCAAGAGUGUGACUAAAUCUCCCCAGCUUGACCAGAAACCAGCUAAGAUAGGGCUCCAAAUGAGAGAUGUCCUUCCUUUUAUUGUGUUUUGUAUUAAGUACAGGCUUUAAUAUUUCUUUGCUUUUUUGUAU